AUGGACAACCUUCGAGUGCUGCUCCUGCUCUUCCUGAUCGUCCCGGCCCCUUCCAGCAGCCGGCCGAGCCGAGGGAUGCAACUGCAGUCCCACUACCUGCGCGCCGUGGCCGCCUACCGUCGCCUGGAGCGGACUCUGCCGCGGGAGGAGCUGAGGGCCCUCACGGGCAUUGGCCUGCUGAACGGAGCUCGCCAGGCUGAGCAGCUAAUGGAGGAGCAGCUGGUGGUGGCCAUCAAGGAGCUGCUGCUGCAGACGGACAUGCAGCAGAGCGACCGGGUGCUGCCCAAGAUCGAUGCCAUCGAGCAGCAGCUGACGAGGGACCAGCGGGCCCUGGACAUCCUGAGCAGUGCCUUGGAUGUGCUCUCCAACACCAAGGACGAUCACGAGUUCCGCCUGGAGCUGCGCGAGCUUGCCGCCCAGCAAAUGGAGGAGGAGCUGCUGCAGCAGGAGCUCUCGGCGGACAUCACCCAGCAGCCGGAGCUGGGGGAGCGGCUGGGCCAGCUGCGCAGGCAGAUCCUCAAGCAGGUGCCCCAAAUGAAGGUCGAGCUGGAUGCGAAGAUCGAGAAGGCGCUGAGGCAUCUUCUAGAGCAGGCCUCCGAUGACGGGGUGCUGGCCAAGGCCAUCCACAGGCAGAAGGUCAUCCACAAGCGAGCUGCUGUCCACGAUGACGAUGGCGAUGACGAUGAGGAGGAGCCACCAUAUCCCAGAGAAAUGCGCAUCAUCAAGUCCAUUCUGACAGAGGCCAAUCAUUUGCGCUUCCAGGAUGACUUCCGGGAGAAUCUGGUGGAACAGCAGCCAGAGAGACGCAUCAGGCAGCAGGAAAAGGAACUGGAGGAGCAGGACCAGGAUCAGGAGACCACCAACUCGGAGCUGGACGAUCUGCAAGAAGACGUGGAGGAGCUUGAUUUGAAAUCCCGAAAUGUUACAGCCAAGGGGAGAACCAGGCCAAAAGCAAAAUCCAAACCCAAACCAAAACCAAAGCCCAAUCCGAAGGCCAAACAGGAGGUGGACCCUGGCUCCACCGAGCUGAUGAAAGAGGGAGGAGAUGGUGAUGGCGAUGAUGAUGAUGACCUUGGAGACAUUGGAGAAGGUGGAGCAGGUGGUGGCGGCGCCGGCGGCGGCGGAGGUCUGGUCGGAAUUAUUGGGAGUCUAAGCGGCGGAGAAGGCGGCUCGGACGUGGGCGCCUUGAUUGGAGCUCUCACUGGCGUCGUUUCCACUUUAUUUGGGCCUGGUGGCCUGGACAUUGAGACUCUGAUCAGCAGCUCCACCUCGCUGCUGUCGGGUCUGCUGUCCGGCAACAAGAAUUUCGGCACUGUUCUGGGACAAUACGUGGGCACCGCCUUCGACGGUCUCUCUGGCGGAGGUGGAGCGGUCAACAAUGGACAAUUUCUGGGCAACUUCCUGGGCACUGUGGUGGCCUCACUAAGCGCAGACCCAGAGGAAGAAGGACCACCGCAGCCUCUGACCUUCGCCAAGAGCCUGCUCUCCAGCUUCCUGGAGGCAAAGUUUCGUCCCGCCGAGGCUUCUGAAGAACGCCACGACAGCGCGGAACUGCCAAGGCCCCGGAAAAAGAAGGAGGGUGCCGCGGGAGGCUUCGAUUCGGGGGGCUUUGUCAAGCAAGUGGCCUCCCACCUGGUGAGCAGUGCCCUGGGCCUGCUGCUUAACGCCGCCCUGGGUGCCUCGGGUGGGGCCUCGACGGCUUCCAAGGGCAUCUUCUCGAGCAGCAGCAGCCACAGCAGCAGCAGCGGUGGUGGAGCUGGCGGAGGAGGAGGCCACCACUGGAAGCCGUCGGCCAGCGAACGAUCCUGGGCCUACGCCUACGACGAGCCAUUCUAG